AUGUCCUCGCAGUCCGGAAUAGUGCCUUCAGCGGAGGUAGUUGUGCAGGUGCACGACUUUGUGGCGUCCGAAGGUCGUGCGCUCACGUUGACGAUCGAUGCAUCGAGUUUGUCUGUCGACGUCGGGGCCACGACCAAGGCCACGGCCGACCUGGACGCCGACCUUGAUGCAAUUGCGUCACAGCAGCUCUCGGACGUUGAAUGCCAGUAUCUUCUUCUUCGGUACGGCAACGGCGGGAAGCUGGCGUUUAUUUCGUAUGUGCCGGACAACGCCUCGGUGCGCUACAAGAUGUUGUACGCCAGCAGCAAAAACACGUUGUUGCGGUCGCUCGGAGGUGAGCUCUUUGACCCUAUCCUCUUUGUGAACAGUGCAGACGAGCUGACUGCGGCUGGCUGGAGGAAGAUUGUGCACAGCAUGGACGGUGCCGUCCCGUUGACGGAGUCGGAGCAGAACUUGCGGGACGUACGGGAGAAGGAGCUGUAUCUGAACAGCUCGAAAGCGAGCCACAGUGGCCAGUUGGUGAGUGACUCCAGCAAUGCCUUGCUUUUUCAGAUCGACCCGGCUCUUGAGCCGCUGCUCGCCGCAGGCUCUGCGUCGCCGGCUUCCCUUAUCAGCCUGGAGAUCUCGGAGGAGGUGCUCAAGCUUAUCGACAGCGCCGACAGUGUCGCCGUGGAGGAUUUGGUCGACCGUGUUCAGCCCAUUUCCGGGCCCUCCUACCACCUCUACACGGCCGAUACGGGCGCUUGCUUCUUCAUCCUCACUUGUCCGUCCGGCUCAAAGGUGAGGGAGCGCAUGCUGUACGCCGCCAACAAGCAGGGGCUUCUCAAUCAUUUGAAGAGCAACGGCUGGGAGUUUUCCAAGGUCGUCGAGGCCGGCGACGCCGACGAGAUCGAGCUGUCAGAGCUUCAGACAGCCGCCGGAGGUGAUUCAGGUGCAACAGCUCCCGAUACCGCUGGCCCGGGCGGCUCCGCCAGGCUGAGGUUUGCGAAGCCAAAGGGCCCACGCAGACGCUGA